AUUUUGUCCCCAAACGACCUUGUCAAUUCCAUUGGCGCUGUUACGAUGUUAGUUUGAGCCAAGAUGUUUCCCGUUGGCCAAGGGAAAUAUGAGUGUUUGGUUAAUGAGUAUGACCAUUCACACCCAGAUCCAAAUCUAAGAGGAACUCAGAGUUUUCAGAACAGAAAAGGAGCAUGGGAUCAUAUCCAAAAUUUGGAUCAGUUUUUCUCGGACAUUUACAAAUAUCAUCAGAGUGGGGGUUUCACUGUGAUUCUUUUGGCUCAAAUAUUAUGGCUCGUUAAAUUCAUAUUUGUCAUUUUUAUCACAAUCGAAUUAUCUGUAUGCACAAGAUGGAGUUAUUUAACAAAUAGCAGUAUAUUUGUUCAAAACUGGACUGAUAUCUUUCAACCACCGAAUCAAUGUUGGGCCUCACUACCAUUUUUUGCGUCACUUCUAGUUGUUGGUUCUGUGAUAACAAUUAUAGUUCAAAUCAUAUUUGUUAGUAUUCGAUUAAGUAGAUUUUGGGAAAUUCGACGGUUUUGUACCUAUAUAUUAAAUAUGCCAUCUAGUGAUGUUGGAUUAGCUGAUUUAACAUGGUCCGAAGUACAACAACGUUUACUUCAAUCACAGUGUGAUUUUCAAUUUUGUGCAUACAAAGUUAAUUUAGAUGAAUUAGAUAUAUAUAAUCGUAUACUUCGGCAUAAAAAUUAUUUAAUUGCAAUGAUUAAUCAAGAUAUUAUUCCUAUCAGAUUUCGUAUACCUUCUAGUUUAAAUCCUCAAAUAGUUUAUUUACCUGAUGGUUAUCUACUUAAUUUGAAACUUAUCUUGUUUUGGACACCAUGGUCACCUUUUCAUAAUUAUUGGCAGUUGAGAGCUGAUUAUAAAUGGGUUACUAAACGUCAUGAAUUAGCUGUUGAACUAGCUACUCGUAUACGUAUUCUUGGAUUGAUCAAUCUUCUUAUGGCUCCUGUAAUCUUCAUUGCUCAAUUAGUAACGUUUAUAUGCGCUCAUGCAGAACGUUUUCGAUAUCAACCAUCUACAUUUUUUGGACGUCGUUGGUCUAAUUAUGCCCGCUUGUAUUUACGACAUUUCAAUGAACUUCAACAUGAAUUUGAAACACGUUUGAAACAAGCAUAUAUUCCAGCUUCUCGAUAUCUUGAUAGUUUUGUAUCACGACCACUUACAGUUUUAGCUGAGUCAGGAGCUUUUAUUUUCGGUGGUGCUUCAGUAGCCUUUUUUAUUGCUGGUCUUAUACGUGAACAAAUGAUCCAUUUGCCUGGAUAUUUAGCUAUACUAGUUGGUGGUGGUUUAUUGGCUAGAUCAUGUCUUUCGUUGAUUCCAGAUGAGAAUAUGGUUUAUUGUCCGCGUAAUUUAUUAGUUUCAACCUUGAUGCGUAUCCAUUACAUGCCAGAUCAUUGGAAAGAACAAGCUGGCACGCAUCAAGUGAGGUCGGAAUUUUCACAAUUGUUUCAGUAUCGUAUGGUAGGUCUAUUGGAAGAGUUAUUUUCACCAAUUAUUACACCUUUAAUUCUUAUUUUUAUUCUUCCUAACCAUACUCUCGAAGUUGUUGAUUUUCUUCGAAAUUAUACUGUUGAAGUUCCUGGUGUUGGAGAUGUGUGCAGCUUUGCACAGCUGGAUAUACGCCGUCAUGGUGAUCCAAUGUGGCAACCAAAUACAGAAAGUAGCGGUGACGAUCAAAGUGAAACAGAUAAUGAUGAUCAUACAAAUGCAAUUCACUCUUGUUCGAGGAAAACUAUCAGGUCUAGUAAACGGGCAGAAGAGAUAACUCCAGCAUAUAACUCUAAUGAACAGAACGAAAAUACUGUACAAACUAAUCAUGGUGAUUCAAUUCAACACAGUGCUGCUGGUGGUAAAAUUGAACUUAGUCUUAUGCAUUUCCAUCUUACUAACCCAUCUUGGCGACUUCCACCUGAUGGUUUGGCUUAUCUGAAAUCAAUCAGAAAUCAAGCAUUAUUGGACUUACAACAACAACAACAGCAUUUAGAGCAAUUCCAAGAUAGUUGCAAAAAUAAUACUCAAACUUCGAAAAUUACUUCACAACCAACCUCAGGAAUGUUCUCAACUCUGUAUGGAACACAAGAAAGUGCAAUGACUAGUAUAUAUCGAAGUACACACCCUCACCUUCCCAAUGCACCAUGUAUUGAAAGUUCAGGUGUCCUGAAAAAUGUUUCUCAUUUACCAGGUUCUGGACUACUAUCUGAAAAUACCUAUGGUAUUGUAGGAGCUAUGGCUGAAUCUAUGAGAAGUUCAGGAUCUCAGUCAAUGUAUCGUUCCGGUUCCAAUCUCCGUGAACCUCAAGUGCCAGAACCUAAUGUAAGAAAGGUUUCUCAUAGUGAUAGUGGUACUAAUACAUUACCAUCAUGUACCAGUUACAACGUUGCAAAGAUUUCUCCAGAAACUAAUGUGGUGCCACAGAAACCUAAUUCAGAAAUGAUUAGAUCUCAGCUUGGUCCAGCCGUAUUUAAUUAUUCUAUGCUUGAUGGACCUACACCUAUAACCAUGAGCUUGAUGGCAGCAUCAGCACUGCAUUCUGCUGAUAAUAUGGGUCUUCCUUUUUACCAACCUUAUAAUUCACAGAUCGAGGAUGGUUUAAGCCAGCAUACUGGUUUUAAUAAUAGCCUCAUUGGAAGUGUAGGAGGCCGCCGCUGUACAGUAACUGACGUACUAACAGCAGACAUGUCAGUAAGUGCUCUUUAUAUUCACGAGCUUUUCCAUAGAAGACGGCAACAACGACAGAACCACGAUUCAAGUCGGGGCUAUAGUUCACAGCGUGGUAUGACAGGUAGUACUCCUGGUGCCGAUCCCGGAAACAAUCAAACUUUUCCCUCUACACAGUCAUCAAACCCACUAGGUGUAGGUGUUUACUCUACAUCUGGAUACUUACCUAGUUAUCAGUUGCCACAUGUUUCAUUUGCUCCGACUACAUUUACUAGUAACUCAGCCACUCUACCAGAAUCAAGAAAUACAGUUGAACGUGGUUCUCUUUACCCCACCUCACCAUCUUGUGAGCCUGGCAUAAUUAGAACGCCUUCAGAUGGACGCAGAAUACCUUCAGCACAUUUUACAGAUGUCACAGAAGAAGAUGAUGAAAAUGUUGGGACGCCUAGAUCGUGUAGAGAUACAAACGUUUCUGCCUAUAUAACAGGAAAUGAGUCACAUAUAAUUCGUUAUCCAAGUGGUCAAAUAACUACAGGGGGUGGUAUCAUUACUCUGUCAGGUAGUCCAUCGGUACGACCUCAGCAUGGUCUGUCAUACCAAAAUAUACAACAAACAAGUGAUCCAAGUUUGGGUUCAGUUCCUAAUAUUGACAGUGAUCCAGUAUGGCCUGAUUUGCCUCCAACUAAUUGUUAAUCUUAUUAUUAUACACACAAGUCGGUGUUUGGGUGUUCAGCUGUGUAAAGCGGUAAAUGGAUAUAGUUUUAACUUUAUCUCACCUUCCCAAUCACUAAUAGUAAGAAUAACAAUGAAGUAAAUCACCAUUAAUUUAUUUCAAAUAAGUUUUUAAACACUCAGUAACGCAUGCAUCCAUUCAUAUUUCUUUACUUUCUAUUUACUUGAUUACCCUAGCUAAGGUGUAUUUCAACCUAUCCAAACUACCAAAUUAAAAUUACAUCCACAUUAGAUUGAACAUAUUUUUGCUAAAUUACUUAAACUUGCUUUAUUAAUUAUGUUAACAUCACUUCACUUCCUUUUUUUUGAUGCAGCUAUAUAUAUGAGGUGGCUUUCGGUAACGCAAUAAUAGUUUAAAUGUUGUUAAUUGUUUUUAUUUGUAAUCCCUAUGCAAUUUGUUAAACUCUUGUAAAUAGGUUUAUAUUUUACCAAAAACGGAAACUCCCAUAGUAUUUUCUUUCCAUGUAUUUUUGAUUAUUUAAUGGUCCCAGUCAUUUUUCCUAAUCUAAAUUAAUAAAAUACAACCCAGCACAACAAGUGUAUUGGUUCAUUUCGACAUAUUUUGGAAAAAAACUGCAAAAUUAAUUAUGAGAAAUUGAUCUGUUAGUUUUAUGAUUUAGAGCUAGAUAAAUAGUGAAUCCCUAUAAUGAUGUCAGUUUCAAAUCAUCCGCUUCUAUUGUCGUACGAAUCUCUAUGAGUACUUUUUUUUCAGUUUAUAAUGUUAAAGAAAAUAUACAACCACGUUAUGAGUUGUGUAACGGCUAAGUCAAACUUUUGGAUUUUCUCAUAGUUUACAACUGUUGAAACAAUCACUAGGUUUCUACGCAAGAGGUAUGCCUAUGUGUAACAUAUUUUAAAUAUCUCAUUUCAUCUAAUGACCUACUACUUUUCACCGAAUUAUCUUGACUCAGAUAUAUCAAUUGGAAAGCCUCGUUUAUUAUAAGUAUAACUAGUUUUUCUGUCGCAAUGAAUCUUUGCAUUAAUACGAAAAAUGCAUGUUAUUUUCAUUUAUUUUGACGUAGCCAUCUCAUUCAGCUAAAAUUAACAUGUUAAUAACAUAAAUGGUAAACUCAGUCGACAAUUUUCUUCUUAGUAUGUGGUUGUUCAUGUUUUAUUCGCUACCAGAAGUAAUAUCCAUUAAGUUUCUAAAAAUAUAUUCUAAAAGAUUGCCUCAUU